CCCCCAGCCCGCCGCGGCCCGGUACCAACGUGUGGCCUCGCUGAGGGAGCCGUCGGUACCUCGUGCUCCCGGGACGGCCGUAGUGCGCGGCCGCGGCGCGUGGCACGAGCCAUGGCGAUGGAUCAAGUGAACGCGCUGUGCGAGGAGCUGGUGAAAGCGGUGACGGUCAUGAUGGACCCCAGCUCCACCCAGCGCUACCGGCUGGAAGCACUCAAGUUUUGUGAAGAAUUUAAAGAAAAGUGCCCUAUCUGUGUUCCCUGUGGCUUGAGGUUGGCAGAGAAAACACAAAUUGCCAUCGUCAGACAUUUUGGCCUUCAGAUCCUGGAACACGUUGUCAAGUUUCGGUGGAACAGUAUGUCUCGAUUGGAGAAGGUCUAUCUGAAGAACAGUGUCAUGGAGCUUAUUGCAAAUGGAACAUUAAACAUCUUGGAAGAAGAGAACCAUAUUAAAGAUGUUCUGUCUCGAAUUGUAGUAGAGAUGAUCAAGCGAGAGUGGCCACAGCAUUGGCCUGACAUGCUGAUGGAGCUGGACACCCUCUCCAAACAAGGGGAAACACAGACAGAAUUAGUGAUGUUCAUCCUUCUGCGACUGGCAGAGGACGUCGUGACCUUUCAGACGCUUCCCCCUCAGAGGAGAAGGGAUAUCCAGCAAACAUUAACCCAGAACAUGGAAAGGAUCUUCACUUUUCUACUUAACACACUUCAAGAAAAUGUAAACAAGUACCGGCAAGUGAAGACAGAUACUACUCAGGAGUCAAAGGCUCAAGCAAACUGUCGAGUGGGAGUCGCAGCACUGAAUACUCUAGCAGGCUACAUUGACUGGGUUUCUAUGAGUCACAUCACGGCUGAGAACUGUAAGCUCCUGGAGGUCCUGUGCCUGCUUCUGAAUGAACAGGAACUACAGCUGGGAGCAGCUGAGUGUCUCCUAAUUGCAGUCAGUAGAAAAGGCAAGUUGGAAGACCGGAAGCCUUUGAUGGUCUUAUUUGGAGACGUUGCCAUGCAUUAUAUACUCUCUGCUGCACAGACUGCUGAUGGAGGAGGCUUGGUAGAAAAACACUAUGUCUUCCUGAAGCGACUUUGUCAGGUGUUGUGUGCACUGGGCAAUCAGCUGUGUGCACUGCUGGGCGUAGAUUCUGAUGUAGAAACACCAGCGAACUUUGGAAAAUACCUGGAAUCUUUUCUUGCUUUCACAACCCACCCAAGUCAGUUUCUGCGAUCUUCAACUCAGAUGACUUGGGGUGCCCUCUUCAGGCAUGAGAUCCUAUCUCGUGAUCCUUUGCUGUUAGCAAUAAUACCAAAAUAUCUUCGUGCUUCUAUGACUAACUUGGUCAAGAUGGGCUUUCCUUCUAAAACAGACAACCCUAGCUGUGAAUAUUCUCGGUUCGAUUUUGACAGUGAUGAAGACUUCAAUGCUUUCUUCAACUCCUCCCGGGCCCAGCAAGGAGAAGUGAUGAGGUUGGCGUGUCGUUUGGAUCCCAAGACCAGCUUCCAGAUGGCUGGGGAGUGGCUAAGGUAUCAGCUGUCAACUUCUGUUGAUGCUGGAUCCAUAAACUCCUGUUCUACAGCUGGAACCCCGGAAGGAGGCCUCUGCUCCAUCUUCUCACCUUCAUUCGUGCAGUGGGAAGCCAUGACCUUUUUUUUGGAAAGUGUAAUCAAUCAGAUGUUUCGAACACUAGAUAAAGAAGAAAUUCCUGUUAAUGAUGGGGUAGAGCUGUUGCAAAUGGUCCUGAACUUUGACACCAAGGAUCCCCUCAUUCUGUCCUGUGUCCUCACUAAUGUCUCAGCACUCUUCCCGUUUGUCACCUACAGACCAGAGUUCCUGCCCCAGGUCUUUUCUAAGCUAUUUUCAUCUGUCACUUUUGAAACUGUGGAAGAAAGUAAGGCCCCCAGAACCCGGGCCGUGAGGAACGUGAGGAGGCACGCAUGCUCCUCCAUCAUCAAGAUGUGUCGUGACUACCCCGAGCUUGUGCUGCCCAAUUUUGACAUGCUUUAUAGUCAUGUGAAGCAGCUUCUCUCCAAUGAGCUGCUCUUGACACAGAUGGAGAAGUGUGCUCUCAUGGAAGCCCUGGUUCUCAUCAGCAACCAGUUCAAAAACUACGAGCGGCAGAAGGUGUUCUUAGAGGAGCUGAUGGCGCCUGUGGCCAGCAUCUGGCUUUCUGAAGACAUGCACAGAGCGCUGUCAGAUGUUGAUGCUUUUAUUGCCUAUGUGGGUGCGGAUCAGAAAAACUAUGACCCAGGCAUGGAGGAUCCCUGUGGCUUAAACCGUGCACGAAUGAGCUUUUGUGUGUAUAGCAUCCUAGGUGUUAUGAAACGGACUUGCUGGCCCACCGACCUAGAAGAGGCCAAAGCUGGGGGAUUUGUUGUGGGUUAUACACCCAGUGGAAAUCCAGUCUUCCGUAACCCCUGCACAGAGCAGAUCCUGAAACUUCUUGACAAUUUGCUUGCCCUUAUAAGAACCCACAAUACUUUGUACGCACCAGAAAUGCUAGCCAAAAUGGUAGAGCCUUUCACUAAAGCUCUGGAUAUGCUUGAAGCAGAAAAGUCUUCUAUAUUAGGAUUACCUCAGCCUCUCCUGGAACUCAAUGACCACCCCGUCUACAAGACAGUUUUGGAAAGAAUGCAGCGUUUCUUCAGCACUCUCUAUGAAAACUGUUUCCAUAUCCUCGGGAAGGCAGGCCCUUCCAUGCAGCAGGACUUCUACACCGUGGAGGACCUUGCUACCCAGCUCCUUAGCUCCGCCUUUGUCAACUUGAACAAUAUUCCUGACUACCGCCUCAGACCCAUGCUCCGGGUCUUUGUGAAGCCUCUGGUGCUCUUCUGUCCCCCGGAGCACUACGAAGCGCUGGUGUCUCCCAUCCUUGGACCUCUCUUCACCUACCUCCACAUGAGGCUUUCCCAGAAGUGGCAAGUCAUCAACCAGAGGAGCCUCUUGUGUGGAGAAGAUGAGGCUGCAGACGAAAACCCAGAGUCUCAGGAGAUGCUGGAGGAACAGCUGGUGCGGAUGCUAACCCGGGAAGUCAUGGACCUGAUCACCGUGUGCUGUGUUUCAAAGAAAGGAGCUGACCACAGUACUGCUGCUCCUGCAGACGGAGACGAUGAAGAGAUGAUGGCCGCAGAGGUGACCCCCUCCGCCGUGGCAGAGCUUACAGACCUGGGCAAAUGCCUGAUGAAGCACGAGGAUGUGUGCACAGCGCUCUUGAUCACAGCCUUCAAUUCUCUGGCCUGGAAGGACACCUUGUCCUGCCAAAGGACAACCACACAGCUCUGCUGGCCUCUCCUCAAACAGGUGCUGUCCGGGACUCUGCUCGCAGACGCCGUCACGUGGCUCUUCACCAGUGUGCUGAAAGGCCUGCAGACGCACGGGCAGCACGACGGCUGCAUGGCUUCCCUGGUCCACCUGGCCUUCCAGAUAUACGAGGCACUGCGCCCCAGGUACCUGGAGAUCAGAGCUGUGAUGGAGCAAAUCCCCGAAAUUCAGAAGGACUCUCUGGACCAGUUUGACUGCAAGCUUUUGAACCCCUCCCUGCAGAAAGUGGCUGACAAGCGCCGGAAGGACCAAUUUAAGCGCCUCAUUGCAGGCUGCAUCGGGAAACCCCUGGGAGAACAAUUCCGAAAAGAAGUUCACAUUAAGAAUCUUCCCUCACUUUUCAAAAAAACCAAGCCAGUGCUGGAGACAGAGGUGCUGGACAACGAGGGGGGCAGCCUGGCCACCAUCUUUGAACCCUGAAUCAAGCUCUUGGGCAUCCUUCUUCGGCCUUUAUUGUCAUCUCUUCUCCCCCCUCUGUAGCUAAUUCUAGGCCCUUCUUACACUGCCACCUCACUUCUCACCAUUGUCAGCCUGGAGAGAGAUCCAGGUCUGAAGCUGGAGAGUGGGCCCUGUGCAGGCUCAGAAGUAGUUGACUGACAGAUGGAGACAGGGAGGUGGGGCGCACCCCACACUGACUGGAUAACCCAGGUAGCUCCCGUUCUACCUGAAGCUGGCUUUGCCAAGAAAAGCUGGGGCGAGCAGCCCUCCUCCCGGGCCCUCCCGCCCUCGUGUGGCCACGCACCGUGCAGGAUGGCAACUAGUAGUGCUGUGCCCACCGCUACGAUGAGCUGAGCUCGCUCGAGUUUCUCCUGGAACACUGCGAGAGCCACUGAGCCCCCUUGCUGCUGGGCUGGCAGGGAGCCUUCCCAGCCCCAGGAGCACCGUCUGGAUUAGGUGCUAAGUGCUGAACUGCAUUCAGGCCUCCCGAUGGGAUCCAUGGCUAAACUCUGGGCACACUGUUGAGUAGCACCUGCAGGUACUGCUGGCUGGGCAGCCUAGUGCGCUCUGUCAUCGCCCUGAGUUCACACCCCUUGCCCUUCCAUGAAUGACCCCUCAAGGGUUUCCCCAGCCUCAGGGUCCGCUCAGGCACAAGAGCCACAGUACCCUAUCUAGUGUCAUAUGACACCAUUUUCAUCCAAGAAUAAUCUAGACCAACUAGGCUACAUCUGUGACAAGUAGCUAGCAAAGCCACUGGUCUCCUAGGACUAGCAGAGUCCAGGUGCCUUCAAAACUCUCAUGGUCUUUCAGGUGCCUGGUCACUUCUCAAGGGCCAUUUCCAAAAGAAAAGAAAAUAUGCCUUCCCAUCACAACCUGUACUGUGAGUCCAUUCUAGAGGCCCCUGGAAGGCAGAGGGGACCUGGCCCUGAGGUUAUAACUGGCCAUCAGUUAGGCUUGAUGCAUACAGAAACUACAGAGUAUGUGUCCGCGUGCCGUGUGGAGACAGGCCUGUCAUUCAUCUAGUUCAUUGACAAGGUCUCCGUGAGAGCCAGAGUGGACUGACAUGACAGAUUUAAGUGGUACAGGCCACAGGCAGGGUAAAGCUGGGAAGAGGCAGAGCUGGGGAAGUAGGAUUGGGAGUGUCACGUUGCGCUCUCUGCUGCAGACGGCCCCCACUCCCUCUUCUGCGUGGUGCUGUAAGUUUCUGUUGACUGUAAAGGUGACCUCAAAGAGUAUUCCCCCUCCAAGCUUCUAGCUGCCUACUCUGUCUGACUGGGGCUGUGGAGGGUAUAGUUGUAUUUAUUGUGUUGUAAUAUUUUUACAUCCUGUGACUUCAUGCUAGGAAUUUUCUAUUGUUUAUAGAACUUUUUUGUAGAAACAUUAACUCUAAAGCACAUCUGCAUGUCAGUAAAAUCUCAAUUUCAUACAGAAAAGGCCCAUCUGCCUUUUUCAAAUCAGUGACACACUCCAGGGUUACUCCCCGCGGACAUCCCGCUCAGGGGACUGGAAGGAGGGGAUGGUGACGGACACCUGACCUGGGAGACUGCCCGGCGAUUCCUGAUGCACAUUCACCAAGCAGCUCUGCGCUCAGUGUCUGCGUGGCUCUGGGCCUGACCCCAGAGGGUGUCUAAGAACUGCCCUGUUCCACAGCCACACAGCUUCAUUUACACUGCCACAGACAAGCCUUUUUGUAUUUUUUCCCUAUCAGAAACUUCCUUGCUAAUCCAGGAGAUAGCUGAAAUGGCACAUUCACUCAGCUCCUUGAACUGAAAGUUUUUUAGGGGUUGGCUGUGCCCCCAGAAACCACUUUCCUUAGUACUUCUCUCAGGAGGCUUCAGGACUGGGCCCUAACCUGUGGUGACACUGAACCCAAUUUUUUUUUUUUUUUUUGACUGGCAGAGGAGAGGUCUCCCAUCCACUGGUUGACUCCCCAAAUGCCCACAACAGCCAGUGCUGAGCCAGGUCAAAGCUAGUAGCUAGGAUCUCAAUCUAGGUCUCCCAUGUGGGCAACAGGGAUCCAACUACUUGCUGCCUCCCCAGGGCCUGUAUUCUCGGGAAGCUAGAAUGGGGAACUGAGCCCAGGCACUCCAGUGUGGGAUAUGGGUAUUCCAAGCCACAUCUUGAAGUGCUGCACCAAAUGUCCACCCCCAGAACCCAGCAUUAUUCACUGCAAAAUGUUAAACCUGGGCCGGCACCGUGGCUCACCUGUCAAAUCCUCCGCCUGUGGCGCCGGCACCCCGGGUUCUAGUCCCGGUUGCUCCUCUUCCACUCCAGCUCUGUGCUGUGGCCCAGGAAGGCAGUGGAGGAUGGUCCAAGUGCUUGGGCCUCUGCACGCGCAUGGGAGACUGGGAGGAAGCACCUGGCGCCUGGCUUUGGAUUGCUGCAGCACAUCGGCCGUGGCAGCCAUUUGGGAGGGUGAACCAAUGGAAGGAAGACCUUUCUCUGUCUCUCUCUCACUGUCUAACUGCCUGUCAAAAAAAAAAAAAGU